AUGGAUAUUAAGAUAUACCAAGCGAUAUAUGACAACGGUGGUCAUUUCGUAGAUGUUCGUGAAGGGGAAUUUGAGGGCCUUAGUAAUUAUGGCGGUGAAUACAACAGUGAUAUUAAGCAAGACCAGUUUAAAAAAAAUGGCAAUUUUAACAACGGUAUUGAAAAAGUGCUUAGGCGAGAAAACAACACUGGCAAAGUGCAGCGACCAAAUUUACAACUAAACAGCCAUAAUGAUGUAGUGCCGUUCAUUUCACAUCAUAGUUUUGAAACUAACAUUUUUUCUCUUAAUAAAGAGCAUCAACAACGACCUUCGAAUAAGCAACUGGGUUAUGAAAAGAAUGAAGAAGAAUUAACCACUUCAGAAGAAAAGCAUUUGUUUAAGAGCUCAGAGACACAGUUUAGCAGAACUUCUAAUCUCAAGUAUGGUGAUUUCCGGGAAGAUUUUGAUCAAAGUAUUAUACCGUUCUCACCAAGUAUUUCACAGUGCUUCAAAAAUGCUAAAGGGUUUAUUUGUUGUAACCAUGAUUUGUUUGCAUUAAUAGAAGAAGUAUCUUUAAUCAUUGAAUCAAAAAAUUAUUCGAUAUGUAAUAUGCAAAUAAUAGCUCAUCUUCUUCAGCAAAAAGCACAGAAAAAGCUUGGAUCACCUUUCGAAGUGAUUGUAAGCCCGAGUGAUUUUGCCUCGAAAUCACACUUUGUUGGAAACAUGUUGUGCAAGAAUGAAAUCAAUGGGCGAUAUAUUCUUAUUUAUGGCACACCUGAAGAAUACGAUUAUGAACUUAAUAUUGCAACUAAUUUAACGACCCCAGUUCCAUUUCCAUAUUAA